CGUUCACUCUCUCACCGCUUUUACCCUCCUCCCUCCUUCUCUUCCUUCUCUUCCUCUGCGCGCGGAAAGGUGCCGGAGAGCUGAGCGCGCGCGGGCAGUUCAGAGCAGAGUAUUGCAUUCACCUGCGAGCCCCCAGUCUCUCUCUCUCUCUCUCUCUCUCUCGUUCUCUCUCUCUCUCUUACUAAAUCACUAUCUCUUUCUCUUUCACUCUCUCUCUUUUACGCCCUCACUCUCCAGCGCGGUGGACGGACGGGCAUCCCGCGCGCCUCACUCUGCAGCCUGUAGAGCGGGCAGACGGACUGGGCAGCGCGCUGGAUGCUGGACCGGAGGAGACGGACUUACGCAGCGGGGGUGCACGCGCGCGCGCACUGCUGAGCACAGCCGAGUGACUGGGCGUCCUGUGAACUGGUCAGAAUGGGAACUGGAGGUUCCUGUUCCUGUAGUGGAUCAGAACUCUUGCUGUGAAGACUGACCACACCAUGACACCCCCCCUCCCGCCGCCGUUCCCGCAUCUUCAUCAUCAUCAUCAUCAAAGCGCCGCUUCCUUCCCGCCGAGUCGGAGCAGCUGGCACCGUCCCACAUGGCUGCUGUGGAUGCUGUGGGCGUGGCUGAGUCCGGCCUGGGCUCACCAGCACUCGCACCCUCACUCCAUCAAGAUCCCGGGGGACAUCACGCUGGGGGGCCUGUUCCCCGUCCACGCCAAGGGCCCCUCCGGCCUGCCCUGCGGAGAGAUUAAGAAGGAGAAGGGCAUCCACCGCAUGGAGGCCAUGCUGUACGCCCUGGACCAGAUCAACAGCGACCCGGACCUGCUGCCCAACAUCACUCUGGGCGCUCGCAUCCUGGACACGUGCUCGCGGGAUACGUACGCCCUGGAGCAGUCCCUCACCUUCGUCCAGGCCCUGAUCCAGAAGGACACGUCCGACAUCCGCUGCUCCAACGGCGAGCAGCCAAUCAUACGCAAGCCUGAGCGUGUGGUGGGCGUCAUCGGGGCGUCGGCCAGCUCCGUGUCCAUCAUGGUGGCCAACGUCCUGCGGCUGUUCGAGAUUCCUCAGAUCAGCUACGCCUCCACAGCUCCAGAGCUCAGCGACAACAACCGCUACGACUUCUUCUCUCGUGUGGUUCCUCCAGACUCGUACCAGGCUCAGGCCAUGGUGGACAUCGUGAAGGCUCUGGGCUGGAACUACGUCUCCACACUGGCCUCUGAGGGCAACUAUGGAGAGAGUGGAGUGGACGCCUUCGUCCAGAUCUCCCGAGAGGCAGGAGGCCUGUGCAUCGCCCAGUCCAUAAAGAUCCCCCGAGACCCCAAACCCGGAGAGUAUGACAAGCUCAUUAAGAGAUUAAUGGAGACCCCCAACGCUCGCGGGGUCAUCAUCUUCGCCAACGAGGACGACAUCAAGCAGGUGCUGGAGGCGGCUAAAAGAGCUAACCUAACCGGCCACUUCAAGUUUGUGGGGUCGGACAGCUGGGGGGCCAAGAGCACUCCGAUCCUGGACCAUGAGGACGUGGCAGAGGGGGCGGUGACUAUUCUCCCCAAAAGAGCAUCUAUUGAAGGAUUUGAUCAAUACUUCAUGUCCCGCUCUCUGGAGAACAACCGGCGGAAUAUCUGGUUUGCUGAGUUCUGGGAAGACGACUUCAGGUGCAAAUUGACGCGUCCGGGCAUCAAGCUCGACCCCGAGAAGAAGAAAUGCACAGGUAAUGAGCGGAUAGGUAGAGAUACUCCGUACGAGCAGGAGGGGAAGGUGCAGUUUGUGAUCGACGCUGUGUACGCCAUGGCUCACGCUUUGCACAACAUGCACCAGGACCUGUGCCCGGGGGCGAUAGGUGUCUGUGAUAAAAUGGACCCGGUGGAGGGGAGAUUACUGCUCAGCUACAUCCGCUCUGUCAACUUCAAUGGCAGUGCUGGCACCGGUGUUCUUUUUAAUGAGAACGGAGAUGCUCCGGGUCGAUAUGACAUCUUUCAGUACCAAAUGACCAACACAAGCAACCCGGGGUACAGAGUCAUCGGCCAGUGGACCAAUAACCUCAGGCUUAAUGUGGAGGAAAUGCAGUGGUCUGAGGGUGACCGGCAGAUCCCCGACUCCGUGUGCAGCUUCCCGUGCCGCCCAGGCGAGAGGAAGAAGAUGGUGAAGGGCGUCCCGUGCUGCUGGCACUGUGAGCUGUGCGACGGAUAUCAGUACCAAGCGGACGAGUUUAACUGCGAGAUGUGCCCGUUCGACAUGAGGCCCACGCCCAACCGCACCGCCUGCAGGCCCACGCCCAUCAUCAAGCUGGAGUGGCACUCGCCCUGGGCCAUCAUCCCCCUCUUCCUCGCCAUCCUGGGCAUCGUGGCCACGCUGUCCGUCAUAGUCACCUUCAUCCGCUUCAAUGACACGCCCAUCGUGCGGGCGGCCGGCCGAGAGCUCAGCUACGUGCUGCUGGUCGGGAUUUUCCUCAUCUACUUCAUCACCUUCCUCAUGAUUGCGGAGCCGGGCGCGGUGGUCUGCGCUUUCCGCAGGCUGCUGCUGGGGCUGGGCAUGUGCAUCACCUACUCCGCCAUGCUCACCAAAACCAACCGCAUCUACCGCAUCUUCGAGCAGGGGAAGAAGUCUGUGACUCCGCCCAAGUUCAUUAGUCCUACGUCUCAACUCGUCAUCACCUUCAUCCUCAUCUCUAUCCAGGUGGUGGGAGUGUUCAUCUGGUUCGGGGUGGUGCCCCCCCACACCACCGUAGACUACGAGGAGCAGCGGCCCCCGAAUCCAGAGCUGGCUCGCGGCGUCCUGAAGUGCGACAUGUCCGACCUGUCGCUCAUCUGCUGCCUGAGCUACAGCAUCGUGCUGAUGGUCACCUGCACCGUCUACGCCGUCAAGAGCAGAGGUGUUCCUGAGACCUUCAACGAGGCCAAGCCCAUCGGCUUCACCAUGUACACCACCUGCAUCGUCUGGCUGGCAUUCGUGCCCAUCUUCUUUGGCACGGCGCAGUCCACGGAGAAGAUGUUCAUCCAGACGACCACAUUGACCGUGUCAAUGAGCCUGAGCGCCUCCGUGUCUCUGGGCAUGCUCUACAUUCCCAAAGUGUACGUCAUCAUCUUCCACCCGGAGCAGAACGUGCAGAAGCGGAAGCGCAGCUUCAAGGCCGUGGUGCAGGCUGCCACCAUGUCCACGCGCCUGUCUCAGAAAUCCAACAGCGACAAGCAGAACGGCGAGACCAAGAUAGAGCCAGACCGGACGCAGUAGCAGCAGGAGGCUCAGACCGGCACACUCAGCUGUGGUGGACUGAAGGACUGAAGCAUCAAAGAGAAACUUCAGCAGAUCUGCAGACGGAUGAGUUUUUUGGUGGGAGGUCGAGCACAUGGACGCGGCGGCCCUGCGAAAAACUGCAGAAGCAGCAGGUGCUGACCGUGACAAAACCAACCUUUUCUAAACAAAGCCCAUUCUAGAACCUGUUCUCAAACUGCUGUAUAAAAAACUGCUGCAGUGUGAGGAGGCGCUGUUUCACGUGGACGCGUGGAAGAACUCUCAGUGGUGAUGGAUGUUCACCACUGGUUCCUGCUUCACGAUUCUGGACCUUAUUUUUUUGUUACGGACAAAAAAAAACCAAAUGGGAAGCGUGUGUGAGUCAGUACAGCGUCUGAUUUAGCAGUUUCGUGGCAUGUGGGAUGUUGGUGGUGUGUUUGCGUGUGUUUGUGUUUUACUUUACAGGAUGAUCAGAGGAGUAGGACUGCUCUAGGACUGCUCUACAGGAUACAGGAGUUAAACCAUAAAAACAAUGAAGUGAACUAAUCAUCAGUUAGCCUCUAAUAACUCAUCUAGUCCAUCAGUCCAGCAUUGUGUCAGAAUAUAAUAUGAGGUUUCCGUUCAGACUGUAGGUUUAUUUCAGAUAAGAUCUUUAUUAUGUAGGUUCUGACCUGUUAUUAAUGCUAGAUAGAUCAUCUAACUAGUUCAUUAUAAGUUCUUUAAAGGAGAACUCCAGUGUAAAAUUGACUUUUGUUGUAGUAAAACAUGAUAAAGAGUACUAACCUA